AGAGGCUUUUUUUGCCUUGAUUGCCAUCUACCCAAGAACGAGACGCGAGAGGAGAUUAAAGCCCUUAAUUCUGAUCUCAAUCUGCCCUUGUGGCAGGAGGAGACGGAGGUCAGGAGGGGGCGAUCUUUCCUCGGCUGCUUUUUGUUUCUUGAUCAAUGCUAUCUUCAUUCUGAAAAAGAUUUUCAGGAGACGUAGUUGGAUGCUGCAUAAUCUCUACAACUAACAAAUGGCUUCAGUGAGCGUGGUGCCUUCUUCAGGGUUGAAAAACACCAGUGGCACUAGUGUUCGUGUUGACAAGUUGCCGGAGGAGAUGAGUGAUAUGAGAAUCAGGGAGGAUAAGGAAGUGGAAGCAACUGUGAUUAAUGGGAAUGGGACAGAAACAGGUCAUAUAAUUGUUACAACUAUCAAUGGGAAAAAGGGCCAGCCAAAGCAGACUGUAAGCUACAUGGCUGAGCGUGUUGUAGGUCAUGGAUCAUUUGGAAUUGUCUUCCAGGCCAAAUGUCUUGAGACAGGUGAAACAGUAGCUAUAAAAAAGGUUAUUCAGGAUAAGAGGUACAAGAAUCGUGAGUUACAAACCAUGCAUCUUCUUGACCAUCCAAAUGUUAUCUCUCUGAAGCAUUGCUUCUUUUCAACAACUGAGAAGGAUGAGCUGUAUCUCAAUUUGGUGCUUGAAUAUGUACCAGAGACAGUUCAUCGUGUUAUUAGACACUACAACAAGAUGAACCAACGUAUGCCACUAAUAUUUGUGAAGCUGUACAUGUACCAGAUUUGUCGAGCACUGGCAUACAUUCAUGGCAGCAUUGGGGUGUGCCACAGAGAUAUUAAGCCCCAAAAUCUUCUGGUCAAUCCACAUACUCAUCAGCUGAAAAUAUGUGACUUUGGGAGUGCAAAAGUCUUGGUUAAAGGUGAACCAAAUAUAUCAUACAUAUGCUCGAGGUAUUAUAGAGCUCCGGAGCUUAUUUUUGGGGCAACUGAAUAUACUACAGCAAUUGACAUCUGGUCUGCUGGUUGUGUUCUUGCUGAACUACUACUAGGACAGCCUCUCUUUCCUGGUGAAAGUGGAGUUGACCAACUAGUCCAAAUAAUUAAGGUUUUAGGUACCCCCACAAGAGAAGAAAUUAAAUGCAUGAACCCAAACUACACUGAGUUCAAGUUUUCCCAGAUCAAAGCUCACCCUUGGCACAAGAUAUUCCAUAAGCGAAUGCCUCCUGAAGCUGUUGAUCUUGUAUCUAGGCUUUUACAGUACUCACCAAACCUGCGAUGUACUGCUUUAGAAGCAUUAGUUCAUCCAUUCUUUGAUGAACUUCGAGAUCAUAAUACUCGCUUGCCAAAUGGUCGUUUUCUGCCCCCUCUCUUCAAUUUCAAGCCUCAUGAAUUGAAGGGAGUGCCAGUGGAGACAGUAGCAAGGCUGAUACCAGAGCAUGCCAGAAAGCAAUGUGCCUAACUAGGAUUGUAAGUUUGGUCAAAAGGAUGAGGGAAACCCACACACUUCAUUCCUAAUACAGAAAUGUGCCUCCAAUGAGAUUGAUGAAUAUUCAUUGAGGUCAGUGAGUUGGUAGAGCAUGCGAUCAAAGGAAAUCUCAAGCUGUUUCUCCUUGGACGAUGGUCAUCCCUCUGUUUGGACACUAAGAACUGGUUUGCCAGUCUCGAAAAACCUCAAAAGGUUCUUUCUACUAACCACUUUUUGACAGAUUGUAACAUUGUAUCAGUGCGUACAUAUUGCCAGUAUUUAGUUCGUGAAUUAUGAACCAAAAUGCUUUUACUGAUUCGGGUGUAUGAUGGCUUUGAAGGUCAUGGAAGUGGUUGUAUGACUCUGUUCAGCCAUGCAUCUUCUGAACCAUUACCAAAAGAGCAAAAUGAUUGUGGUGUA